AUGGAAAGCAUGAGUAUUUUCUACUUAGAACAAGUUCGUUGGAUUGCUAAGAAUAAGGUAGUGUGGAGACAGCGAGAUGGGCGAGGUGAAUGUACGCAUGAAGUGUGCCACACGCCGUCGGAGAAAUACUCCGGAAGAGGAGUCCUAAAUAGACCGCACGCUAUUCUCGACCUGCUGCCGUCACACCGGUGCGUGCGCCUGCUGACUCACGCUCACCUCAAGGUGAUGCGGGAGCACCAGUCAUACGUGGAGCACACUGCAGCCCAUUCAACACUCGUGUCGUUGAGAGAUGUUAUACAUUCUAUUAUUAUACUAUUAGAGAUCAAACCUGAUCACUUUAAACCAACACUAUGUGGACAAUCCAAAAUGAGAAAGGAAAAAGCUACGUUCCAAGAAGACGGAAAAAAGAAAAAUAUGAAAAAAGCUAUAGAAGAUGUCGUAAGCAAGAAAAUGGGAGUUAAUGAGGCUAGCCCCACAUAUGCAAUACUAACAAGAAUUGAAUGA